CCCAGUUGAGCUCGGUGAGGAGGAGACGCAGUGCACGGCGGCUACUCUGAAAUAAACACUAUUAACACCUCUGGACGGUCGAGAACGACAGGAGGAAAAAGAUUGUUCUUGCAGCAGAGUGAACCUUCCCCCGCACCAUGUCCCAGGACAAGAGUGGAUACCCCAUUAUGGGUGAGACCAACCCACUCCAUAACAACGUCUAUGGACCCCCUCAGCCAGGUUUUGGCAUGCCCCCUCCCAACUACAGCCAGGCACCUGGGGGACCGUACCCACCAGCAGCUGGCUAUGGUCAGCCGGGCUUCGCCCAGGCAGGCCCUGGUUUCGUCCCUGGUCCAUACCCACAGAUGCCUUACCCUCAGAUGCCCUACCCACAGGGACCCUACCCUCAGGGGCCUUACCAGCAAGGACCCACGCAGCCAGGCUUUCCUGGAGAACCCAUUGCACCUGCAGGCAGCCCUGGUUACCAUGGUGAUGUGCCUCCAUCUUACUACGACAAUGAUGAGUUCACCAACUCUGGCUUUGAAGACAAAACCAUCCGACGAGCCUUCAUCAGAAAAGUCUUCAUGGUUCUCACAGUGCAGCUGCUGGUCACAUUCUCAUUUGUUGCCGUCUUCACCUUUGUGGAUGAUGCCAAGGAUUUUGUGAGGCGUAAUACAUGGACAUACUACGUGUCCUAUGCAGUCUUCUUUGUGUCUCUGAUCGUCCUCAGCUGCUGUGGAGAGUUCCGCCGUAAGCACCCCUGGAACUUGGUUGCACUGUCCAUCCUGACCCUGAGCCUCUCCUACAUGGUGGGAAUGAUAGCCAGCUUCUAUAACACAGAGACGGUCAUCAUAGCUGUGGGCAUCACUGCUGUGGUCUGCUUCACUGUCGUCAUCUUCUCACUACAGACCAAGUAUGACUUCACUUCCUGUUGGGGCGUACUGUUUGUUUGCCUGAUCGUGCUGUUGGUCUUCUCCAUCCUCUGCAUCUUCAUCCGCAGCAACAUCUUGCACAUCGUCUAUGCCUCAUUGGGGGCACUUCUGUUCACCUGCUUUUUGGCUGUGGACACUCAGCUCCUCCUGGGCAACAAGAAGCUGGCCCUGAGUCCAGAGGAGUAUGUUUUUGCUGCCCUCAACCUCUACACUGACAUCAUCAACAUUUUCCUCUACAUCCUGGCUAUUGUGGGACGCACCCGUGACUAAAGCUGCACCUUAGAGAAAACAGAAUGGAGAUGGAGGAUGCCUCCCUCCAUUGUGACACAUUGCUAACAUUGCCAGUUAUCUCUGAUUUUUUUCAACUUUUUCUCCCCCCCCCCCCCCCCCAUGAUACUCUUUGUUUCCUCUCCAAUCAUAUGCACAGUUCAAGUUUUUAAGCAGGUAGUUGAGCUGUGGAUGUCAUAAAAUGCAGCUGAGAGCGUCAUGAUCUGCCUCUCUUUUUCUGAAUUUUGAACACUGCUUGCUCUAACUGUCCUCUGCUUCUACUAACACGGACGUCCACAUUAUCUAAAACCUCAACUUCAAGUUUGACUUGCCACAUAAAGUUUAAAAAAAAAUGUUAUUCUGUGGGUGCUUGGCACUGAGCCGUGCCUUGCCACAGAGAUUAAAAUAGAAAGAGAGCAGGGAAGAUUUCAGUAGUGCUUAAU